CUAUGCCUCUUUUGUGUACUAUAUUUACCAAGAACAAGACCUUUUUCUUUCUCCAUUCCCACUGUCUGUGCCUCCUUUGCUCCUUCAAGAAGAAACCCUAACCAAAUCCAUGGGGAAUCCUCCAGAGCAGGAAGUAGAAGUGGAGAUGGAUGAGGACGAAUUCUCUAAACUCAUCAGAUGGAUGAACUCCCCAAGGGUUGUGAUAGACAACGAUUACUGCUCUGAUGCAACAGUAAUUAGAGUGGAUUGUGUUAACAAGCAUGGUAUUUUACUUCAAGUAGUUCAAGUCCUCACUGACCUAAACCUGUUCAUCAGAAAGGCCUACAUAACCUCGGAUGGAAGCUGGUUCAUGGAUGUGUUUAAUGUGACUGAUAGAGAUGGAAACAAAGUGUUGGACAAAGAGGUCAUCUCCUACAUCAAGAAGUCUCUGGAAUCGGAUGCUUUCUUCUUCCCUGAAGUGCAGAAUUCAGUUGGGGCAACGGCCUCGAGUAAGCACACGUUGAUUGAGUUAACGGGCUCCGACAGGCCUGGCUUGCUAUCUGAGGUGUGUGCCGUGCUUGCGAACCAAUCGUGUCAUGUGGCAAAGGCCGAGCUGUGGACACACAACAGUCGAGUGGCAGCUGUGCUUCAUGUUAUCGAUGAGUCGACUAAGGGAGCAAUUGAAGACCCCCAGAGGCUUUCUACGAUCAAGGAGCGCGUGUGCCAUGUGCUUGGAGGUGAUAACGAUCCGAGAACUGCUACGAUGAGUGUCUCAAUGGGACUUACACACCCUGAAAGGAGGUUGCAUCAGAUGAUGUUUGACGAUCGGGAUUACGAGAAGGUGGUUACUAGAGAAAUUGUGCAGGACAACUCGAGGCCCAAAGUGACUCUGAUGAAUUGUUCGAAGAAGGAAUACACUGUGGUCAUUUUGAGGUCUAAAGACCGGCCGAAGCUCCUCUUCGACACGGUUUGCACGCUCACGGAUAUGCAAUAUGUCGUGUAUCAUGGCACUGUUAGUUCAGAUGAGGGUGAAGCUUAUCAGGAAUACUUUAUCAGAAAUGCCGACGGCCUCCCCAUAAGCGACGAGGACGAGCAACGACGCCUGAUUCAGUGCCUUGAGGCAGCAAUAGAGCGAAGAGCCUCUGAGGGUGUGGCAUUGGAGCUGAGGAAAGGAGAAAGGAACUUCUCCCUAUCGGAAAUCACUCGGGUAUUCCGCGAGAAUGGAUUGACGAUUCGAAGAGCAGAGAUUUCGAGAGAAGGCGCUGAAGUAGUGGACAACUUCUAUGUUUCUGAAACCUCAGGCACCCCUGUGAGUCCUGAUAAAAUCGAUUCGAUACGUGAACAACUCGGGCUGCCAAGCCUAACGGUGAAGCAAAAUCACCCUUUGCAGCCUGCGAAUCCGCCCGAAGUGGUUAGCGCCGUUAGUCUUUUCUUUGCUAAUCUCUUCAGGGCAUCGUUUCAGAGCUUUCGGUUGAUAGGCUCCUACUCAUGAACCUUGAUUUGUUCAUUAUGUACAAAAAUUCAGUUUCAGAAACUUAGACCCCUCAACACCACUGCAUACACACACAUACAUACUCGAAUACUCCGGGAUAAAACAGAAAGAAGUAUUGUUCUUCCUAGACCGCGCAAUUGCAUGUGGAUGUAAAUAUACACUCUUGUUCAUACUUAUUCUAUUAAGUCAAUGAGUUUGCUCGAUUGUGUAUUGUUUCGUUAA